CUCAAAUCACAACAUCAAUCUGUCCGACCAAACAUCGCCCAACGUUCCGUUCUGGGCAUUUCUCCAUGUUUUUCAAAAUAUAAUCCCGAAUGCUUUCUCUGGCAAUUAGUUACUAAUAAUAAUAAUCUCCCACAGAUCCAAUAAACAUGGCUUCUUUCACGCCUCUCUGGCUCCUGCCUCUAACCUUCCUUUCCAUAUUUGGAACCGCAGCCCGCGACGGGCAGCCAUCGUCAGCUGCUUUCACCCUCUCUGCGGUUCGUUUGAAGCCGCAUGGCUCUUCUUCCAGUGGCCAAACGGCGCCGUUCCGGUCGUCUCUGUCACGCUCGGCGGCUGGUCUUCGCAGUCGGAAAGGGACGAGUCCGCCGAAGAAGCUGAGGACACCGCCGCAGCAUAACUACACGGUUAAGUAUACGAUGGCUCUGAUCAUUACCCUUCCCAUAGGGUCGCCUCCACAGCAUCAGCGCAUGGUGUUGGACACCGGCAGCCAACUGAUGUGGAUGCCGUGCCUCAAUGAUUCCACGAAGCCCACUGCUUCUAAGGCGGCGCCGCCGCCGGCGGUUCUUAAUCAUACGGCGCCGUUUAGCAUUUCCAGAUCGAAGACUCUGUCUUUCUUUCCUUGCAAGAAGAGCUGCAAACCCCUCAUUUUCACUCAGGGCGUUGACAACUUCUGUGAUCCGGACAAUACAACGUGCAAAUACUCGUCUUUCUACGCCGACGGGACCCUAUCGGAGGGCACUUUGGUCCAGGAGAACAUUACUCUGGCCAAUUCCGCUUUUCAAUCAGGUUCGGGAACGUUUUUGAUGGGUUGCGCCGUAGGCGCAACCCACCAGGAGGGCAUUUUGGGGAUGAACUUAGGGAAGUUCUCCUUCAUCUCCCAAUCCCAGUACCAGACCUUCUCCUACUGCGUGCCGGUCCGGCAGACGGUCAACGGCAUCCCGCAAAAUCCCGACGGAGCUUUCUACCUAGGCGCGAAUCCGAAUUCCGGCACGUUCAAUUACACGAACCUCUUGAGUUUCCGUGAUGGCCGAACCCGCCCGCCCGACCUCAAUCUUCUGGCCUACGUCGUCAAUAUGACAGGGAUUAGAAUCGGCGGGGAAAAGCUGGAUAUUCCGAUGACCGACUUUGUCCAAAACCCCUAUGGUGAUGGCCAGACGAUUAUCGAUUCCGGGACAGAGUACACGUUCCUGGUUAAUGACUCGUACACGAUUAUUGAAGAAGAAGUCCGCCGGCGCACCGGCGCAAAAUUCAAGUGGGGUUACCUGUACCAAGGGGUCUUGGACAUAUGCUUCGACGGGAGCGCGACGGCGAUCGGAAAGAUGCUCGGCAACAUGACUUUCGAAUUCGACGACGGCGUUGAGAUAUUUAUCCCCGGCGAACGUUUAGCGUUUGACGUCGUCGGCCGGAAUGUGAGUUGUUUGGGUAUCGGGAACUCCGGCAAAAUCGACGAGCCGAGCAAUCUCAUCGGAAACUUCCACCAGCAAAAUCUCUGGGUGGAGUUUGACUUGGCCCGGUUCAGAGUGGGUUUUGGAAAAGCCGAUUGUAGCCGCGCUUUGGUUUGACCAAGGCAAAUCCGUAAUUUCAUUUAGUUUUAGUAUUUAUUAGUUUGUUGAGAACAUAUUGUACUCAAUUUUGUGUUUGUACAAAGAUCUUGUGCUCAUCAUAGUUUAUCCUCCAUAGAAUUCUAUUAUACAUCGUGUGCCAAAGAUUUAUGUACAAACAAUUUUGACACCAAUUUGUUAG